AUGUCUACUCCUACCAAUUCCACCGACGGUACCACCACUGCCGCCACCAUUGCCACCAUCAAGGAUGAUUCUAUCACCAAGGAUGAUUCCCCCACCAAAGAUGCCGCUGAGCUGCUUAGUGACUGUGAGAAGGCCUUACGGGCUAACCUGCAGGCCCAGCGCGAUAUUCUGAAUGCCAUCAUGGAUGCCAAUCAUGUCAUCGGAAUGGCUCGCUGCGACGCAGAGACUGCCCUCUUCGAUGCGGAGGACGCGCUGCUGCGAGCGGCUGAUCCUGAUCUCAUGAGACGUACCGCCGAGAUCAUCGAUGUCCUGGUACACGGCGACGAUGACAUGUCCGACUCGGAGCAGGGGAUAGGCGACUUCCCGCAGGUUCUGGAGAAGGUCCUUGCGUUGCGGCGCCGGUUAGGGCUACCUAUUGUGGGUGAGGACGACUAG